AUGUCAGCGUCAAGGAGCUUUCUUCCAGUCCUUCCUGCCUCUCGGCGGUUUGUCGCUACAGUUGCCGCAAUAGUAAACAAUACACCGCCGUCAAAGACGACGAAGGCGGGCCAGAAUGAAGUUGAGCAAACCCCGGCAAUACCUGCACCGCCACCGCAAGUGAAGCCGUUUGGAGCUAUCCCGUCCCCGGGGUUCUUCGGUAAUUUGGUGGCAAUUUUGCGAAGUGGGAUUCGUCUGUCUCACCUUGUAGACUUUGAAAGGCAUCAGAAAUUUGGACCAAUCGUGAGAGUACACAUGGGUGACAUGGUAGCUUGUCAGGUCUCUGCUCCACACCUCAUUGAAGAAGUUUUAAGAAACGAAGGAAAAUAUCCUAAAAGAUUUGAAAUAAUACCAUGGAAGGAAUAUCGUGAAAAAAGAGGUUUAUCAUAUGGAUUGUUGACUGCUGAAGGCGAAGAAUGGCACCGUAACAGAAAUAUUCUGAGUAAGCGAAUGCUUCGGCCGAAACAUGUGUCAAGCUAUACUGGUAUUCUCAACGAUGUUUCAUUGGACCUUGUCAGUCGCUUUCGAGAUAUUAGAGAUGAAAACCAAAAGAUACCCAAGAUUGAUAACGAACUUUACAAAUGGGCAUUUGAAUCGGUUUGUUCAGUUCUGUUUGAAACAAGAAUGGGAUGUCUUGGCAACAAAGUUCCUGCAGAUACCCAGAAAUUCAUCGCAGCUAUAACUCAGAUGUUUGUCUCACAGGGUUGGCUAUUUGUGUUGCCUCUUGCACUUCAUAGAAACUUAAAGAGUAAACCAUACACAAGACACAUGGAAGCUUGGGAUACGAUAUUUGAUGUAGCAACAAGGCUGGUGCAAACAAAAAUUAAAAGCAUUUUUAAAGAGGACGAACUUGGAAAUAACAAAGAUACGAAUGAAGAACAUGAAGCAGAAUUUCUGACUUAUAUCCUGUCAACUCAGAAAUUAUCUCUUGAAGAAAUUAUUGGAAACAUCACUGAAAUACUCUUAGCAGGUGUUGACACAACAUCUAACACCAUGAUGUGGGCUUUGUAUGAACUUGUCACCAAUCCAGAUUGUCUUAACAGACUUGUGGAUGAAGUUGAUACUGUUUUGAAAGGAAAAGAACUUACACAGGAACAACUGCCGCAAAUGAAGUAUAUGAAGUGUGUAAUUAAGGAGACUCUCAGGAAAUAUCCAGUUUUGACAGCUUCUGCAAGAGUUUUAGAAAAAGAUAUUGUAUUGAGUGGGUUCCAUAUACCAAAACAUACUGUCAUUGGGACAAUGUAUUAUGUAAUGGGAAGAGAUCCUAAAUUAUUUGAUGAUCCAAAAAGUUUCAGACCGGAACGAUGGUUGCGAAGUCCCAAUAAUAACUUACCAGAUGGAUUCUCAUCAAUUCCAUUUGGAUUUGGACCAAGGAUGUGUAUUGGUAAUGAAUCUCAUUGUUCAAUGUAUUUAAUUAUUUGUGUUACAAUACUACAAAAUUUCCACAUUGAAGCCUUUUCUCACGAGAGAUUACAAGGAUGUUUUCGUGGAGUCCUGACUCCAGAGUCGCCUAUUCCGGUGCGGUUCAUUGACAGAUCAUAA